UUUAAAUCCGUUAACUUUGGUCAGUGAGUAAGACUACGAUUAGCUGGACCGACGGUAGCUAGGAGCCCGAAAAUGCAGACAACACGAAAACGUCGAGGCAAAGAGCAGAAAGUCACACAGAAUAGCAAUCGUGGUUGGAAGGAAAAUGCGUACCAGAAGAAAAGGCAGCGUUUCCACUUCGACCUGUGGUUCUGUCUGACUCUGCAGAACUGGAUACUGGACUUUGGAAGGCCUAUUGUCAUGAUCAUCCUUCCUCUGGAAUGGUUCCCUCUGAACAAGCCCAGUGCUGGAGACUAUUUCCACAUGGCCUACAAUGUCAUAACGCCAUUUCUUAUGCUCAAGUUGAUUGAACGCAGUCCGCGGGCGAUGCCUCGCUCAGCAGUCUACCUCUGUAUCAUCACUUUCGUCAUGGGGGCCAGCAUCCACUUGGUGGGAGACUCCAUCAACCACCGGCUCAUCCUGAGUGGCUACCAGCUGCACCUGUCGGUCAGAGAAAACCCAAUCAUCAAAGACCUCCAACCCGCCUCACUGAUUGACUCCUUUGAGCUGCUGUAUUACUACGAUGAACAGCUGGGACAUUUAAUGUGGUAUAUUCCUUUCUUCAUCAUUCUGUUUAUCUACUUCACUGGAUGCUUCACUGACGCCAAAGACCAGAAGAAGCUUCCUGUCUCUGGUUGGCUGUUGCUGGGACCCAGCGCUCUCUACUAUUGGUACUUAGUCACUGAAGGACAAAUCACUGAACUCUUCCUCAUCACCUUCCUUGCCAUGGUUGUCAUGGUGAUAUAUCAACAGCGUAAAGGCCUCAGCCCUGACAGCAAUGGCCUGUUCUUGUUCUGUAGUUUCUCUCUCACUGUGCUUCUUGUGGCACUGUGGGUGGUCUAUCUGUGGAAUGACCAGGUGCUACGCAACAAGUACCCCGGACUUAUAUAUGUGCCAGAACCCUGGUCCUACUACACGCUACAUAUCAAGGAAAACUACUGAGUCACAUCUGUCCAGCAGAUAUCCUGUGACGGGAAUAUCAGCUGCACUCAGACACGAAUGAUGAAGGCCGCUGAUGUGCACCCACCUCUCUGUUUCUUUCUGCAUUGAUUCACACAGACUUGAAACAUGCAAUCUAAUCUGUUAAAACUGCUCAGGUCUUGUGAUGAGACUGAGAUAUCAUAAACUAGGUCAGCACAUGCAUGUGACAUACAGCAGGUUAAUAGAAAGCUAAACCUGCUCUCUGCUCACAUCUCAUGCUCCUGCUUGAAAAAUACUAUACUUUUUAUUUUGAUGAUUUAAAAAAAAGUAUCCAGUUCUACUUUUACAAUCCUGCAGUUAUGCCAUGUUGCUUACUUAUAUGAAAGAGAUCACCUUCGCAAGCAAGUUUUUUUUCCCCAUUACCCAUCAAUAAACUGACUGAAUUCAAGAGGUCAACUGCAUCUUAACCAGCCAAGUGAACGGAAGAGUUGACCUCUUGCAAACAAAUUUGAAAGGUAAAUAACAGAUAUAGUCACUGAAAAUAGAAAAAAAUCCAAAUUCUUACCUUGCUAAACUUCGCCAAAGAAUCCAAUCAAUUGACAAAAUAAAAAAUAUCGCCCCUUUCAAGUGAGGAGCACAAAGUUCAAUAACGAGUUACAAAGUACCACUCGAACAACAGCAUGAAAGAACUGUUAUGCGAACAAUAGCAUCAAUCGGACAGACAGGUAACUUUAUUAAAAUGUGUCAAAGGAUUUUAGAGCAGAGUACUGAAUGAAUGGAGGACUGUUUUUAAAGCUGUAUUUUUCUAAAAAGAAGUAUAAAUUCUCAGGUAUUUAAAUGUCACAUGCUUUGCCAGGUUUUUUUGUGAAAUUUAGGCUGUCAUUCAUUAAAACAUGUGAACUGUAAACUACCAUGCAGUAUCAACAUACAGGACUGUGCUUACAGUAUUAUUAUAUGGGACACUGACAUACAGGUAUCACUGAAUUGUCGCCCAGUCGAUGGCCAACAUGCACUCACUGCUAUCACACUCAUUGCCAACAUACUGUUCUGUAUUGCAUGAUUUUGACAUGCUGUUCAUAAGUGUUGUUCAUUACAUUACAUUAUUCAAAAGUGAAGAAAACCAUCUUUUUGGAAGCUCAUUUUUUAUUAAUUGUUACAUUUUUCGACAUGUUGAGAGAAGAUCUUUCUUGUGUUUGUAUUUGAUGUUUAAUUGUGUUCAUGUUUUGUUCUGUUUUUAUUUGUUGCUUGGAAAAUACUGUUGAGUUGCUAUUUAGUAACUGGUUCCUCAUUUGUUGUUAUAUCUUAAUUAAAAUGAU